UGGGAAGACGAUGACGUGACGAUGACGUUGUGACGAGAGUUGGGUGACGAAGCUGUAAUGAUAACGAUGAAACGGCCAUGACAGCAUUAAGACCACUAGCACAUGCCUAGUGGUUCAAGCUAGUAAGCAACUUGCACGGCCGCUGGAUAAAACAGAAAGGUGUGGCCCAAUGGGAGCUGCAAUGGGAGCGAAUGUGUCAGCCGUAUUUGAAUUCUCGGCCGCUUGGCUGGGCUGAACAUCGCUAGCUCUCGGGGACGGGACGCGUCGUUUCCCACGGCCGACGGCGUUCAAAGCGCGUUCCUCACGCAUUUUCUACAACGAUCCCAGAGAACAGUCCCCGACUGGUGGCGCCGGGGUGGAUCACAGAGUUUGCGGUGCAUGUGGCAAGCCGCACUUUUCUUUUUUUGAAUCCAGUGGCCGUGCAACUUGGGUCCCUAGGUUGACGCAAGAGAACAGACAUAGAGACAGGCCGUAAUUCUUGUGUACUUUUCAAUAAUGAUUAUUGAUUAUCCUGCUGUUAUCGUUUUCAUUUUAACAUGUACCUUUCAACAGCACUUACCUUAUAGCAGACCUGAAAAUGUAUUUUUGAAGACAACUUGGAAUACCACACCUAUUUCUUGGCUAAUCCUGCAUAGUGGGUAUGAGCCUCAUGUUCCAAGGCGACAACAACGUUUCUUGUUCUUGGUAAAGUUUACAUGGCUAAACGCUAUACAAAAUUUGGCUAUGCUGGGUGCCCAACAAACCUACAUGCACACCGAAGUCAGUAAGAGGUGAUGGACCCAAGGGACCCGACCUGAGUUCCGGCAGCGUGUAGCCUUGUGGUCCUUCAGUAUCUGUGUUUCUCCACGGCCAGGCUUUGGAUGCUGCAUUUGCUCUGCAUCUAUCACAAGUCGCCGGCAUGGAGCCACAACCCGGAUUGCUGGACAUUCUGGCUCAGUUCUGCUACCGCCUGCUACACUGUGGCCCACUGAUGGCGCUUUGCAUAAUCACAUUAAUUUUUCGGACCAGCAUGUACGUGACAUCAAUGUGGCUCUCGCCGUAUGGUUCAUUGCUAGGCGCCGUCAACCACGCGGUGCUCAUGGGUUGGGUUGUAGCCAUGCUGUACAAUUUCUUCGUGGCCAUCGCUAUUGGACCGGGCUUCGUGCCUCUGAAGUGGAGGCCGGACCAGCCAAGUGACGAGCAGUUCCUGCAAUACUGUGAAAAUUGUGACGGACUUAAGGCACCAAGGUCGCAUCACUGCCGCAAGUGCGAGAGGUGCGUCUUCAAGAUGGACCAUCACUGUCCGUGGAUCAACACUUGUUGCGGGCACCGGAACCAUGCCAACUUCACACUUUUUUUGUUCUUUGCUCUCUGCGGUAGCGUUCAUGCCUCGGUGCUGUUGACCAAGGGCCUGACUAAAGCCUACCACAGGAAAUAUUACAUAAAUCAAGGUCAAGAGGACAAUCUUGUCUACCUGCGUUUCUUCCCUUUUCUGGCCACGGUGCUGAGCCUGUUCUUGGCCAUUUUCGCCAUAUUUUCAGUGGGAAGUCUCUUUUUUAUACAGCUCAAAAGUAUUGUUCGCAACGAGACGACUAUCGAGAAUUGGAUCGUGGCCAAGGCCCGGAGGCGAGAGCGUGAGGGUGAAGACCACUUUGUCUAUCCAUACAACCUCGGCGUGGCUGAGAACCUGAAGCAGGUCUUUGUGUACCCACUUGGCGACGGCAUUACCUGGCCCGUGGCGACCGGGUGCAACCAGUACGCGCUCACUGUAGAGCAGAUUCUUCAAAAGCGCGACAAGUGGCUACGAACACGCCUGUACAGUGUGGUGCGCCCAUACCAUGGCUCCUAUUUCCCAAUAUCACAUGGCUGCUCUGUCUGCAUGACCACACCACUCACUGAUGAGCCCCGCCUUGUAGUCAGACCUGGUGACCGUGUUCUUGUUAGUCGGUGGCAAACGCACUGGCUUUACGGAAAGUCGGAAAGGGCAAAGUUUCCUACGAAACCUUCACACAGACUAAAGGGCUGGUUUCCACGGCAAUGUGCAGUUGAAGUGGUUGGCAGUCAGGGAAGCCGUAGCUGCACAGAGGCAUCGUCAAGCUACGCCGACCACAGGAAGUACAAGUGAAACGUGCUGUUACAUCACUGCGCUCCUGCAACCUCCAUUGUCUGCCAAGCGUAGCUGCCAAAAUUCAGACCAGACAAGAUUUCUUCCCUCCAUUCGGCACCUGUCCCUGUUCCGUGCGGACGGACUCGGCUGCUUCCAAGUUAGUUGUAGAAGCCAUUAACAAAAUAACUUUUUGUCACUUAGCCUUUCUAAAUGGGGAGAGCGGGAUUGGAGUUCCGAAUGAUGAUGGCAUGCCUGCCCGGCACACGGCUGUCGUCAGUCAUCUUCUGUUUUCAAGAGGCAGAAUGCGAAGUGAUUGCCCAUAACAUCAACAAAUUAUGCCAAAGAUGUGUGCGGCUGCGAACGCAAAGAUUAUUUCUUCUAAGUGAUAUUCUUUUCCUAAACAAAAAGCUAAGCUUCUCGACAUUCACUCUGUAUAGGAAAUGAUCGUGACAAUCGGUGCUUCCUCAAGUCACUAAGACUUCCCAGUAACAAUACAAUGAACCCUGAAUGUCGUUGUACCCCCGCAAAAUAAAAACACUUAUUCAAGCUAUCUAACCAAUAUUUCAUUGAUAUUGUAGCCAUGGCUGCACUGUAGCCAAGGUAUCGCCAUUGUCGUAGAGGUAGAGACGCGCAGGCUCGAGCCGUAUGCGCUCGCACUGUAUGCGCUCGCACUGGCGUUCGACGGAGCUCCUGGCACCUCGGUCUGUGAUGGUCUU